CUAACAUUAGUGACAAACUUACAAACAGUAUAUACAUCAAUGGAUGCUAUAAGUGAUAGUGCCUUUAGAGAAGAGAUUUAUCAAGAAGGAUCGAAUGAUGAUCCUUCAUUAUUAACUGUUAUAUUGGAUUUAUCACCUAGUGGAUGGUAUAAUAUUAGAGAUCGUAUUACUAUUAAUGAACUUGUUAAAGCAGUUCUUGUAUUCUUAAAUGCCCAUUUAUCAUUAAAUAAUUCUAAUCAAGUUGCAUUUAUAGCGAGUUCAUUAAAUGGAUCUAAAUUUUUAUAUCCUAAUCCUGAAAGAGAUUAUGAUAAGACACAAAUUUCUUCUAAUGUUGAAGAUGUUGAUAGUAAUACAGAUUCCGAACCAAGUUUUGUAAAUAAAGGAAUGUAUCGUCAAUUUAGAUUAGUUGAUGAAGCUGUAGCAGAGGAAUUAAAUAAAUAUAUUCAUGAUAUAUCUUCUAACAUAGAUUUAAAGAAACAAAAUGCUACAUUAUCUGGAGCUUUAAGUAUGGCAUUAUGUUAUACAAAUAGAAUGUUAACUUUAGAUCAAUCAAUUACAACUACAACAGCUUCAGCUAUAAAUUCAACAACCAAUGCAACUAUGGCUGAUUCCAAUAAUUCGUCUACAACAACUACAUCUACUUCAAUAACUUCUAUGAAAUCACGUAUAUUAAUUAUUUCUGCAAGUGAUGAAGAUGAUGUAAAAUAUAUACCAAUUAUGAAUUCAAUCUUUGCAGCUCAAAAGAUGAAAUUAUCAAUUGAUAUAGUGAAACUUGGUCAUCAAGACUCUUCAUAUUUACAACAAGCAUCUGAUGCUACAAAUGGGAUAUAUUUACAUAUUAUUGAUCCAAGAGGUAUUAUUCAAUUUUUAACAACUGCGUUUUUCAUAGAACCUUCAAUUAGACAAUAUAUCAUCUUACCCACAAAUUCAAAUGUCAAUUAUAGAGCCAGUUGUUUUAUAACUGGUAAAUCAGUAGAUUUGGGUUAUGUAUGUUCUGUUUGUCUAUGUAUUAUGAGUAUCAUUCCUGAAACUAAAAUGUGUCCUGCUUGUCGAUCAGAAUUUGAUCCAAGAAUACUUGCUCAACUAACUCAAACCCCUGAAGUAAUAUCUAAAAAGAAAAGAAAAUUGGAUGCAAAGGGUAUUGAAAAUGGGAAUGGAAAUGGAACCGGAAAUACAAAUGGGAAUGGAAACUUUGUUACUGACAGAAGUGUAAGUACUUGAUCUAUAGACCUCUAUUUAUAACAUCAAAUCUAAAUUCCUUGGGAUAAUUAUGUUUCUCAAUCAUAUGUAGUCUUCUUGUCUUUGGUGUCCUACACACUUUUGAGCAUUCACUUUCUAUACAACGAAAGACUUUAUCACCUCUUUCUUGUUUGAUCUUA